CCCGUCGAGCCUCCAAAACCGAACUUCAACCAGUCAGGUCUGCUCGCCAAGGAGACCAAUACCGUCAAGGGGGUGCAAAUGAAGUACAAUGAGCCACCAGAAGCUCGAAAGCCGCUCAAGAACUGGAGACUCUACGUCUUCAAGGGGAAGGAGCAGAUAGACCUUAUCCAUAUUUACCGCCAAUCAGCAUACCUAGUCGGUCGAGACGAGAUAGUCACAGAUAUACCCAUAGCACAUCCCUCCUGCUCGAAACAGCACGCCGUCAUCCAGUACAGGCAAAUCACCGAGAAGAAUGAGUAUGGCGACGCGACAACAUCCAUCAAGCCAUUCGUCAUUGAUCUCGACUCGACGAACGGUACAUACGUCAACGACGCAGAGAUACCGAAGAGCAGAUAUUAUGAGCUGAGAAAUACUGAUGUCGUCAAAUUCGGGACCUCCUCCAGGGAGUACGUCCUACUACACGAAGAUGCCUCAUCAUGA